UCUCCGUCUCUGGCCAAGGAAUCCCAGGCAGCGUUUAAUUGCAGAGUGCAAAGGCUUUAGUUGGGCUAAUGAGCUCAGCUCUAGAGCUGGGACUCUUGAGGGAGAACGAAACCCAAAUGGAGUACUUAACCGGUGGUGCCUCGGGAGGCGAAUGGAUUUCAGGUGGAAGGGAAAGAAAGAAUCCACGAAUUCAGGUACAGACGAGUAUGUGAGAGAAUAUACCAGAGGCAAGAGAGGAGGAGAAACAGAGGAAAGCGGGAGAGGGGAGGGGAGGAAACGGGAAAUACAUGGUCAGAGAGAGAGAGCAAGAGUGAGUGAGAAAGAGAGAGAGAGACUUGAAGCCUGCAGCAGCAAAUGAGACAGAACAACGAGGCGGGAGAGGUAGAGAGAGACAGAGAGGGAGGGAGGUGGAGAGGGGCCCCAUGUAGGAGAGAGGGCUACAGGGUGAGGAGGAAGAAGGAGGAAGAAAAAAGUCAGAAGUAGGAGAAAAAGGGGGUCUAGGAAAAGAAAAAGAACACGCUCAGAGGUUUAACAAGUACAGGAGACAAGAAGAAGAAGAAGGGAAACAACAGGCAGGAAGGAAGGGGAGGGGAGGGAGAAGUCUUGGGCACAGAAAAAAAAAAAGGAAAGAGCAGAAGAAAAGUUUUCUUGUGGGAAGACGCAGAUGAGGAAAACAGUGAGUGAAUGACUGGGCCGGAGAGAGCUGGGAGGGGAGGAAACCAGUUGUUUUUUAAGGCGUUUUACACGCAACCCUCUGGACUUCUUUGGACAUGUACACAGCAGACAGCGCACAGAUAACGGGACAUCACCGAUUUCUUCCACACAGCAACAGCAACACUCCCCCUUGCGUCUGCCAGCGCUGCGUCCACUAUGAGCUGCCGUACAGCUAUCAUGGUGGGCCGGGAUACCAAGCAGCAGCAUCAAGCAGACAGACGGACCACCCGUUGCUGGACUGCAGGAGAGACAUCCAGACUCCACGGGUUAAGGAUGUAGAAGGGCGAGUUUUUGAGAGAAGCGGCAGUCAUCGAAGCCCACAGAGGAGGCCUGUGUUCGCAGGGCCAGCCCCAUACAACAACCACUUGGACGAACUGAGCCAAGUCUGCCCCUGGGAGCUGAACCCUGCCCAGUGGAACUACCCGUCAGAGCUUGCACCCAGACACUACCCUUCUGUCCGAGAACAGUGUGGCUGUGUGGUGCACAAUGACACUAGGGCACACUCCUUUAAUGCUGGGAUACCACAUCCACUCCCUCAUCUUCAGGUCAAAGGUCAGGGGUACAGGCACAGGAGGACUGUCAGAUAUGUCUCCGUGGAGCAGGAGGAGGACUGUGCAUGUGACUCAGAACACUAUCAUUUAGAGAGCUCCCAGCCAGGUCAUUUGCCAAAUGGCCACUGCGGGCCAAGACAUCCCGUGUUUGUGGGAGGGGAGGAAAGAGAUAGGCAUCAAGACUGGAGCAGACUGAAGGGUGGAUCAGAGGAGGGGUGCAAUGGACGUGGUGGCUCUUCUUGUAAAGGAUUUUUUUCUACUGAAGUCCCACAAAAACAUUUGAACCCAAGCAGACGGAAGGGGCCCUGUGUCUCUUCUUCUGGCAGUCCAGAACCCUUAGGAUCUAAAAGUGAGCACCAGCGCCAGAAUCCAGAAGUGGUGGAGCAGAACAGAAGGCAGCACUCAGUCAGGGAUCAAAUUCGACAAGUGGUGACAGACUUGGAGGACGUGUUGGGAGGUCUGAAGCAAGUUCAUGUGGAGAUGAAAGAGGUGGUCGAAGAGAUUGACCGUCUCACUGCCAACAUUGACCUUAGUGAAGAGAUGCCCUGUCUCACCCAGUGGCCAUCCAGCACCUUUCACAGCUUGACUGAUCUCGGUGACCUCAGAGUGGCUCCUGCGACCAAUCACAGGCCUGAACUAGUCCAGGUGUCGCAGCACGUUGACGAUGACCGCAUCAUCCUGAGGACUAACUCUCCCUCCCCAGUGCACAUGGCAUCAGUUGUCAAAACAAGCCGCAUUGUGGCGUCAGGCCACAGUAAGGACAUUACCAAUGAGCGCCCUGGUCAAAAUGGCCAUCCUCCUCACCUGUAUCACACAAAAGACUCCAACCACACUGGACAAACUCUUUCAGAGCCCCACCAGCAGAGCCUACAUCCUAAGGUCAUAAUUGGGAACAGCACCUGUAAAUCAAGAACUCAGAAGCCUCCUCCAUAUCCGCAAAACGGACGGUGCGUGAAGGGCCUGCACCCGCCUCCUAAACCUGGGAGGACCCCCGCCUAUCCAGGGAGAGGCCGCCAGAGCUCCAGCAUUGUGUGAGGGAGGAGGUGGUCUGCCCCGGUGCAUGGGGGCCUGAAACAUGAGACCCUGCUGCAGCGAGUGUAAGUCAGUGGGACCAGGCAGGGGAACAACUCAUGGAGCUGAUGCCACUGAGACAAGCUGUCAGUUGGUGGAAACAGAGCACGGCCUGAAGGUGGGGAUAUUUCCAAGGGAAAACACCCAGUGAGACGACCUGCAACUGUAUGUCACACAGGUGCAGAAGCAUGGAAGAAGAAUCUGCGGAAUGGCAGCUGGAGUUAUGGUUUUUGCUGGUUGAUGACACAGAGGCAAAUGAGGGAGGAGGGAAAAACUGAACUGCUACCAAAUGUCCACCAAUAGAAACAUAAAGGCAUCUGUUCAAGACAGUGAUGAUUUAUUGUUUUUAUUUUUAUUUUAUUGCAAGCACAUUUAUUUUCAGGCAGCUUUCCCUAGUCUGGAUACUACCUAUGUAUGGUGUAAUCAGUUUAGAUUAUCGAAGUCUAAUAAAUAAAGAGUUCUGUCCCUGC